AUCGGGGUGUUAGUAGGCACUUCCUGUUUAACAUGUUUUCUACAUUAUCAGAGCUUAGUUAAUAGCAAUGUCAGAAUGCAGUUGAGUAAAAUGCUUUCGACAAUAAAGAAGAACUGGUUUUUAUUCGGAAUAAUUAUUGUGAUAUUUUUUGCAAAGAUUGCACCUAAAAUUGGUGCAAAAGGAGGUAUACUAGUUCCAGAAGUAACAGUUAAAUACUUGGCUGUUGCAAUCAUAUUUUUUAACAGUGGAGUAUCCCUGAAAAGUGAGGACUUAGGUAAAGCAUUGUUCCAAGUGAGGGUCCACAUAUUCGUGCAAUUCUUCACCUUCCUGCUAUUCCCCAUGCUGAUAUUUAUCCUGGUCAUGUUUCUUCAGCUGGUUGGAUUUAACAGGAGCUUACUGGAUGGAUUGAAGAUUUUGAGUUGCAUGCCACCACCUGUAUCAUCAGCAGUCAUUCUAACAAAGGCGGUUGGGGGAAAUGAGGCUGCAGCAAUCUUCAACUCUGCUUUUGGAAGUUUUUUGGGUAUUGCUGUGACACCAGCAUUGAUUCUUGCAUUGGUAGGCACAACAGCUGAUGUGCCGAUGGCAUCAAUAUUUACGCAGCUGACAGCCACAGUAGUGGUUCCUCUGUUAAUUGGACAGUUUGUCCGACGUGCGCUGGCUAACAGAGUGAACCUGAAAAAUGUUCUGUGGGGUGAAAUGGGCAGUGCUGUUCUGUUGCUGAUCAUAUACUCAACAUUCUGUGAUACAUUUUCCCAAGAGAGCAUAGAUGUUGAUGGAAGUACUCUCAUAUUUACCUUUUUGUUAAUUGUAGCGAUACAGACCUGCCUGCUGUAUGCCGUCUACGUGAUGAGUUCAGCUUGGAUGUUGCCAUUCUCCCGAAGUGAUUCAGUUGCGCUCAUGUUCUGUUGUACACACAAGUCUCUCACAUUGGGUAUUCCUAUAAUCAAGAUCAUAUUUGCGGACUCCCCCAGCCUGUCUCUCAUCACAAUACCCCUGCUGGUGUACCACCCGACACAGAUCCUGCUGGGAGGAAUGCUGGUUCCCUAUAUCAAGAGCUGGAUGCUGGGAACCUCUAGGUACCAGAGUCAAAGAUUGCUGCUGGGAGUUGUCUGAUGUUAGCCUACUGCGGUGUUUAUGUGGCAACCAGAUGACUUAACCAGUCAAGGCAUGAAAAGUUAGGUUUGCAGGCUGCUGCACCAGGGUCACCACAACGCACUGGAAACAACCAGUCAUCUAUGUCAUAGCUAUACAUUUCCAUGGUCCUUUGUUGCGCAAAAGAUGGCAUCAUUCAAUUACAUUAAAAUCAAGCAUUGUACAAUCAUUUACACCAUGUAAUUUCUCAGUAAGAAAAGAAUAGCCCACAAUGUACAUAAUGCUACCUUCUCAUAUCUGUGACAUAGCAAGGUUAAGGUAACGACCUUUGUCUGCUACUUACUGUGAUGUCUCUUGAUCGGUGUUGCCAAGGAUGCGAAGUUCAUUAACCAGCCAAGUCCCAACAGGCUCUUUGGAGUUAAAAUUCUCAAAAUAAAAUUGCAGAUCACUCACUCAACCAGUUUUCUUCUGAUGUCACCACACUUUCUGAAAAUGUAAAUAAUCAUCAGCAUGUAACAUGUCUCCCUACCUCAAAGGUAAGAUCAUACUUAGGAGUCAAAAAGCAAAUGUUUCCAUAAAACAGCUUGAAAAUUCUUUUCUUUGCCAUAUAUUGAUGGAAUUUAACUAACUACAUGUAAUCUCAAAUGCAAAUUGUCAUAAGAUGAUGUGUGGCUUGUAACACUCGUCGUCCGACCUCAAAGGUCAAGGGCACACUUAGAGAUUCGGACAUUAAACAGAUUGUCUGGAAUGUAACAUUGUUAUUUAUCAUGCAAAUAAAUAUUCAAUCUUACCACAAAUGGAGGCCAUGAAGAGAUGGCAUGCCAUGUGGUACACCUGUCUCUUAACCUCAAAUGUCAGUCACAGUUAGAGGUCCUAUGUCAAAUUUGGCCAUUUAACAGCAUGUUGGGACUAUUACUUUGUUAUUCAAACUGUUACUUUGUUAUUCAAACUGUUACUUUGUUAUUCAAACUGUUACUUUGCUAUUCAUCAUGCAAUUAAAAAAGUAACUUACCAAAAAUGAACACCAUCAGACUGAGUGUCCGGAGUAUAACCGUCUAAUUACCUCAAAGGUAAAUUCACAUUUAGCGUAGAAAGUCAUGUGUCCAUAAACAGCUUGUUUUUGACAUAAGUGGAGAUUUGAGAUGAAACAUCGCGACAGUUGUGUCUUUGUGAAUGUAUUGUAUGUUAAGUAUAUGCAAUCAAAGAUUUAUUUUUCACACUGCCAAUUUAUUGUUUUUGUAUGUAAACUUGUUACAGUUAUAAUGGACAUACUUAAAAUAUUUGUUUAUUUACGACUUUUUUUAUUCCAAAUAUAAUUUUGUUUGUUACAAGUGGAAGUUGUUUUGUUAUUUAUUGAAUUACUAGUACUUGACAAACUUUGGUCACAUUUUUGUUUAAAAAACAUUAUCAACACCUAAGAUGUCAUUGUGACAAUAUACCAAGUCUUUUUAGCUCAGCUGAGCACAAUAUGCUCAAGUUCAGUUAUUGUGAUGUGAUCAUCAGAUGUCCAGCGUCCUUUGUUGUGCUGUGUGUGGGGCUUUGCAAACCUUUAUCUUUAUCACUCUAGAGGCCACAUUGUUCAUCCAAUCUUGAUGAACCUUGGUCAUAAUAUUUUUCCAGACAAUACACAGGUCGAGUUUCAAUCUUGGUCAUGUGAAUUCUAAAAACAAGGUCACAAGGUAAAAUGUUAGAAAAAUUGUGUUUCCAUUCUCGUAAUAAAUUAAGCUUCUGUAACACGCGAGACAAUUUUUACCUAUAUUGAAUAUAGGAAGAACUCUGGUACUCUUCUUUGUCUGAAAUGUUGUACACAAUACUGGUAAAUCAUUUUACUUUUUUUGUAUUUUAUGUGUAGUAUUGUUAUUCAAGGUUGAAAUUUUAUGCCUCUUUUCAAAGAUAGCAUAUUAUAUAGCAGUGACACAGUCUAUCUGUAGGUCUGUGGGGUAUUUCUUGUCUCAGCCAGGUCAAUUUGGCCAUAUAACAGCUUUAAAAUUCCCGCCUCAGCCAUAACUUUGCCUCAUAUAGAGUAUUAAAAAACAUUUGGCAAUAAAGUAAACCACCAUAAGAGGACAUGUCAUACGUCUUUAUACCUCAAGUUCAAGGUUACAGGUAGUCAAAUAAAGCCUUAAUCACUUUGAAAGUUCACGUCUCUGCCAUCACUUCACCUCAUUUUGAUUGAUUUCAAAAUAACUUGGCACACUAACUUGGCAAACUUGCAGUACAUGAUUGAAUUUUAAGACAACUUACCACAAAUGCCUACCACAAGGAAAUGGAGUCACAAGUAUCACGUAAAAGGUCGUUACUCUUCAAGGUCAAAUCAAGCCUUUACAGUUUGUAGAAGGGAUUCAUGUAUUAUGUAAGCAAGAUUUUGAGACAAAAGUGAAAUGUGAGCGCAUCUGUGCUCUAUGGAUACAUUUCUUGUUUACAUAGGUCUAUACUGUUGCUCUCUAAUUUCCUAAGCAUAUUCCAUCCGGUCAAGUUCAACAAGUGAUGUUUGUGAACUCUUGUUGUUAGGCAAAGAUUUGACAAAGUCUCAAAGCAUCAAUUUUGGUGCUUCCAGUCUGUUUUUAUGUCCUAAAAUUUUGUAAACUCAACAAUAAGGACAGGUAAAGGUUACUGCCAUAGCAUUGGUGGAUUGGGAAUGCUUAAUAGCGUUUCAUUUUUCAGUAUGCAAGUGUUCAAUGAGGAAUAAAGGUACAAAACCGAAUGGUAGAUCAUUAUUAACAAGGCAUAAAAAUAAGCAAAAAUUACAUACCUUUUUCUUUCUUUCUGGAACUUGUGACAAUUUCAAGAUAUUUCUUUCGUACAUUUUUUUUCCAUUCUUUAUUAACAAAUCUUUUUUUCUGGUGGUGGUGUGUUAACCACAUCUUUUGACAUACAUUUCAUGUUUUCAAUAUUUUUUUUCAUAUAAAUAAAUACUGUCUUCAAUCUUUUUUUCCAGUAUUUUUCUUUUGUUUUUUCAUAAAGUUUUCAUGAAAAUACACAUAUUUUGACAUUUUUACAAUUAAAAGCAUUUUAACAGAUAUUGAGUUUGCCUUAACAUUUACAUUUUCAGAACAUUUUAGUACUUUUGAUAAACACAGGUACAGCAAAUAAACAUACAAAUACAGAAUCUGCAUCACUUAAAUUAACUAGCAUUACAACAUGUUUGAAUGAAAUCAUUACAAUGGAAAUGCCUUAAGCAAUCAAACAACAAUAACAUAUUAACCAUCAUUAACACAGUUUAAAAGCACACCAAUCUUGAGCGGAACAAAAUACAAGUUUAAAUGCACAAAAAGCUGUCAAAAUAAGACGUACAUUCACAAUUUUAAUAUCUUCUAUACUAGUAUACAUGUAUAUUUUGCUCAACAUUAUCAUCGAACAUUUGCUAAAAAGUUCAAAGAAACAUU